UGACAGUUGACAGAUUGCAAACACAAAUGUCGCUAAAUACUAAAAUAGUUUUCUUUUUUUAAUUUUAUGAAAACGGACUAAAAAUUUGGAAUUUGUGACGUUAAAAUAUAUAAAACUGAUCUAUUUCUAGUUACAAAAAUGGAUAAUAAAUACGAGACAGUUGUCCUCAAGUAUACCAUUCAUAAAUAUUCAAGUUAUUCUGCCAAUUAUUUACCUGAAAAUAUAAUGGUGAAUGACCCACCUGACCAGAUGUCAAGAUGGUUUACAGAUAGUACUACUCCAUCACAGUUCAUAAUGCUGAAACUAGAAGCGCCAGCAAUUGUAGAGAGCAUAAUGUUUGGAAAGUAUAUCAAAGGACAUGUUAGUGAUCUAAAAAAGUUUCAAAUAUUUGGUGGCACAGAUGAGAAUAAUUUGUCAUUGUUAUUAACUGCUGGCUUGAAAAUGGAUUAUGUAGCAGAAACUUUCAAACUUAGGCACAGGACGUCAGAUGGACUAUACUUGCCUGUUAAAUAUAUAAAAAUUGUGCCUCUCCAAUCAUGGGGCCCUGCAUAUAAUUACACCAUAUGGUAUGUAGAACUGCAAGGGAAAAACCAUGAGGAUUUGAUCAAUUCUGCCAUGGAUACCAUUAAUUUGCGCAAAGAAGAAGAAGCGGUUCGGAUACUGCUGAAGCAUUUGCGUCGUCGGCGCUACAAGGACGCGUUCGAGGCGCUGUCGCGGGAGAGCGGCGUGCGGCUCGAGGGCGCGGCGCAGGCGCGGCUGUGGAACGCGCUGGUGGAGCACGGGGACUACGAGCGCGCUGAGCAGAUAUUUGACGAGGCUGCUAAGGAUGGCGAACUGGACUGGUACAUGUCAUGGCAGCCCUACACGCCGGAAUGGCAGCAGCUUUGCGGCUGCUCUGCCGAAGUAGAGGAGCGCCUGUGUUGUGACGAGGCCACGCCCAUCCCGCCCAGCCGAAGGUCACAUCCCGCUGACCUGUCCUGUGCGGACAGAGACCCGAGACUUGACUUACCAGAGGUGGGCGUGAACGGGGCGGAGGCGCCGGAGUCUUGCUAUACGUCGUGCAGCAACUGCGGCAGCCGGCCGGGCCCGCGCGGCGGACACCAGCUAGUCGUCGACCCCACCUCAGGUACGCUCUACCUCUUCGGCGGCUGGAAUGGCAGCGAAGACCUGGACGACCUGUGGAGUUUCAACACGACGACAGAAAGAUGGACGCUGCUGUGUCGACACAGUGGCAUGGUCGGCGGCCCCACGCCUCGCUCGUGCCACAAGAUGGUGUUCGAUCCGGUUCACGAGAGACUUUACACUUUGGGAAGAUACUUGGACAACGCGCAACGGGUGCCCAGCAAUAUGAAUAGUGACCUAUACAUGUAUGACGUGAGCUCUGGCGCGUGGUCGCUAGUGUGCGGCGACACGGCGGCGGCGGGCGGCCCGCGCCUCGUGUUCGACCAUCAGAUGUGCCUCGACCCCGACACACAGACGAUAUACGUGUUUGGAGGCAGGGUGCUGCCCGCUAACACGGAGGAGCUGGCCAGCCCGCAGUACUCGGGCCUGUACGCGUACUACAUCGCGCGCAACACGUGGCAACUGUUGCUGCCGGACAAGCACGAGCUGCCGGCGCCGCAGCCGCGGGUCUCGCACUCUAUGCUGUUCCACCCGGUGCAGCGUCGCCUGUAUAUGUUUGCGGGGCAGCGCAACAAGGAGCAGCUGGUGGACCUGUGGUGGUGGGACUGCGAGCGAGGCGGCGGCGGCGCGCGCGCGCUGUGUGCGGCGCCCCCGCGCGCACCGCCACCACAGGGCUUCACGCAGCGCGCCACGCUCGACCCGGACACGGACGAGAUACAUGUUCUGUCGGGAAUGAGCAAAGAGAAGGACAAGCGGGUGUACAACACAUUAUGGGUGUUCUCUCUGCGGCGCAUGACGUGGACGUGUGUGUACAGAAACGACUGCAUUACGCCCAGCGAGCCGCGUCCGCGCUUCGCGCACCAACUCGUCUAUGAUCCCGUCAGAAAGAUCCACUAUCUAUUCGGGGGUAAUCCCGGCACAGCAGCCAACCCCCGGCUGCGGCUGGAUGAUUUCUGGUCGCUGAGGUUGCGCCGCGCGUCCGUACAGCGGGUGGUUGACUCCGCGCGCGCGGCGCUAAGGGAGGCGCGGUAUAGGGAGCUGGCCGCGUCGCCGCAACUAGCGCCUAGUGCGUUGCAGUACUUGAGGAAUGAUCUACGCGCUGUCACCGACCAUAGUGAUCCCCAGCAAGUGGAGCAUUUCCAGAAGUUGGCGACAGUGCUAUUUGCGGGCAGCGAGAAACCGGAGAGCAGUGCGCGCGCGCUGUCUGCGCGCCGCGUGCGAGCGUUGGCGCGGCGACGCGCGGCAUUGCGACAAAUGGCGCACUCUGGAGACAUGGCGCAAGCGCUCGCUGCGGUAUUAGGCGCGGAUGACACGUCAUUUGAGCCCACGGAACCGUUCGAGGAGUCGUCGUCGCCCACGCCCGACACGUGGGACGUGGGCAACGACGAGGACGACGCGCCCGACUCCACCGAGUGGGACGAGCGCAGCAACCGUAUGAAGUUAUACGAUCAGCUGUGUCAGUACUUCCGACCCUCCACCGUGCCGCCCGCUGCUGACGUCACAGACCUAGUGCACUUGUAGACUGAUUCGAUAACGGAUUUUCUGACUCAAGUGAUGACGUAAGCUCUAGAAAUGUAUUCUAUAGACCGUUCACUUUAUUUGUCCCCUGACGUUAUGUUGCCACCAUUGCAAAUCACACUUGAAAGUGGCAUUCUAUUAGCGUGAACACCGCCUUUAACUCUGUAACUAAAAAAUAUCACAACUAUAGUACUUGAAUUUUACAAAAGAAAGAUGUUAAGUAACUUCUCGUCAUUAUGCUAUAAUAUAAAAUUGUCAUAGCUCAAAUAAAUAUCUUAGGAUGUUAUUGAAAUAAAAUGAAUGUUCAAGAGUAGGGACUUUAUAAAACACUGUUCACGUAGAUCGGGCCCUGAUUCUGUACGUUUUUGACAUAUGGCAACUCGAUUUUAAUUAUUAUUAUUUAGGCCCCAUGUCAUUUUCUUUUUAUAAUAUUUUUGAGUUAUCGCCGAAAAACGUUGGAAUUAUUAAAAACUAAUGUUUUAAAAACGUAAACGUACGACGAAGGCUUUAAGAUUGUUUUGGUUUGUUUCUACACAGCAUUCCUUUUAAGAAACAUAAAUUUUUAAAAUUGCUGCGCCAAAAUUGCCAAAAAGUCAACUUAUUUUUUGCAGUUAAAGGGCGGCAGAAAUGCUAUCACCGCUGUCAACAUGAUGAUUUUGUAUGGGAAUGACAGAUUACGAAUGUUGGACGCAUAGAGAUUCGCUAACCGUGCAAGUUUAUAGAACCGUAGCUCGAUUCCGCAAAACCUGCAUCAAUCAUUAUUACAAUCGCAAUUGUUGUUAUUGGUUUUUAUGGUGUUCUUGUUGCAACAAUGCAUUGUAGCCAAUAGUGAGCGAGCGUCAAGUAAUCAGAGGUAAUUGCGAUCGAGACAUUGUAGCUGUCAUUCUACCGCAAUUGA